AUGUUCAUCGAAAACCUCGCUGUGCUCUCCAUCGCCGUCGCCGCAGCGGCGUUCGCAUGGGUGAGAGCGCUCGACACGGCGUCUGGCACCUCCACGCUACCGAUCCCGACUACCAUCACAUCAUGCAUUCAACAAUGCUUCGACCAAGCAGAACUGCAAAGCGGAUGCAACGGGCCCAAUGACACAGUACCGUGCCUCUGUUCAAGUGCUGCGUAUCUCCAUGUUGCGCUCGCCUGCCUUCAGGCGGCAUGCCCGCCAGACAUCGAAUCGGCACUGCAGACAUAUACAGAGGAUUGCAAUCUCAGCCCCUCGGCCUCAGGGUCUGCGUCGAUUGCUUCGACUACGAUCGACCCGUCCACCACCAGCGUCUCGAGCCCAUCCUCGACAUCUGAGUCCAAGACGGACAGCUCCAGCCCCCCUGGCGCUACUGCCACGACCUCGUCGAUGGCCCAAAACUCGCAGACGGGUGGGAGUAGUGCGUCCGCAACAGCCUCUGCAUCGGCCACCAGCAGCGAACCCCUGACCGGCAGCCUGAGUGCGGAGUCAACGGGCACUCAUACACGUCCCUCGAAGGGGCUAGUCAUCGCCCUUCCUAUCGUCCUCGCAGUAGCCGUCAUUGCGGCCCUCGCGCUCCUCUGGAAGUGGGCCCGUCGGCGCCGCCAGCAACGCGCCGCGAUAUUCCAGCCCCACUCCUUACCUCUCCCGUCUGAGUUGCCCUCUCCCGCGAUUGCCACGAGCCCAACACUCAAAGGUGGCGAAAGCCCUAUCGUUCUCGCUCCCCCACACAUCAGCGUCGCCCCUUCGGUCGACACGCAUACCAGCCCCCCAUCGCAAAACGGAAUACAGUCGACGGGCGACGACGCGCAGCGCGAAGGCGGGAGAGAGGCGGGUGCGGGGGACUCGGAGCGCGUGAUGGUUCUUCCUUGGUCCCUAGGAGAACGCGUCCUCGCGCUUUUGGGAGGCCGGCAUGGAGAGGGAACGAGGAACGGCUCCGUCGUGGGGACCGAGGCGCUCCCUCCGUAUGAGGAGCGAGACGCAAGGAUGUGA